CCCAAAAGCCGCCUUGCCUACUCGUCCUCCGGCCACGCUAUCCUGCGCCGUCCCCGGCUAACCUGCGCACCCCUCACUCCCUCCUGUCUUCACUUCUUUGCUCUUCUCUCUCUCUCUCUCUCUCUCUCUCUCGAGGGUUGGUGGGAUUGAAGGGGAGGGCUGGGACUUGGGUGUUUUGGCGCGAGAUGUGGGAUGCUGCGACCGCUGAUAAGGCUGCUGUCGUCGCUCUGGAGGCCGUUUGGCAGGAGAGGAGGCGGCGUCGGCGGCGGGGGUGGUGACGGGGUCGCCGGCCGGGCGGGGCUCCUGUGGUCCCGUGACCUAGGCCGUUGCGCGGGAGGAGAGUUCUCCAUGGCCGUGGUCCAGGCCAACCGAGUCCUCGAGGACCAGAGCCGGAUCGAGUCCGGCCCCUUCGGCACCUUCGUCGGCGUCUACGACGGCCACGGGGGACCCGACGCCGCGCGAUACGUCUGCGACCAUCUCUUCGCUCACUUCAGAGUUUGCCAAGUCAAUAGUUGCUGUCUCGAUGCAGAAAUUUCAUCUGGACCACAGGGUGUGACGUGUGAUGGCAUUCAAAGAGCCUUUCUAGCAACCGAGGAAAGUUUUAUUGCACUGGUUUCCCAGCUAUGGAACACUCGACCAGAUAUAGCAACUACAGGCUCAUGCUGUCUUGUUGGUGUUGUCUGCCAGCAGACCCUUUACGUGGCUAAUCUUGGUGAUUCUCGCGUCAUUCUUGGAAAGAAAGUUGGCAGCACUGGUGAGAUUGCUGCAAUAUCAUUAUCAAAUGAGCAUAAUGCUAAUGUGGAUGCUGUAAGACAGGAGCUUCAGGCACAGCACCCAAAUGAUCCACAGAUUGUCAUCCUUAAACAUGGAGUUUGGAGAAUCAAAGGCAUCAUACAGGUCUCUAGAUCUAUAGGUGAUGCAUACAUGAAACAUUCCCAGUAUAACAGAGAACCAAUCAACCCAAAGUUCAGAAUAGCUGAACCCAUGAACAUGCCUAUCUUGACUGCGAAUCCGUCUAUUAUGUUUCAUCAUCUUGAACAAAGUGACUCUUUCCUCAUAUUUGCUUCAGAUGGUCUAUGGGAACAUCUAAGUGACCAAAAGGCAGUUGAGAUUGUUCACAGUCAUCCACGUGCAGGAAGUGCAAAAGGUCUCAUUAAAGCUGCUCUCCAUGAAGCAGCAAGAAAACGAGAGAUGCGAUAUUCAGAUCUCAAAAGGAUUGACAAGAAGGUCCGCCGGCAUUUUCAUGAUGAUAUUACUGUCAUCAUUAUAUUCCUUAAUCAUGAGAAGGUUCAAGAUCACAUGCAAGUUCCUCAGUUUUCAGUUCGAAGUGCUUUGGAUCAUUGAAGCACAUGAAGAGUUCUUUCAGAAUUCCAAAACAUUCUCUAACUGAUGAUCAACACAGCCAGCAUUGAAAGUUUCUUUAUUUGGAAGAUUGAUUGCUUUGUGGCGUUUUAAUGACCAUGAAAAGUUUGUCAUAUUUCUUUUAUUAUAAAAGCAUUUUUUUUACCUUGUAUUUAAACUGUUGUGCUGUCAGAUACAUAAUUUCUUGACUUUGGAUAGCAAUUUCAAAUAAAUCUGUUCUUGAUGUUUUUACUGUA